AUGGCGCAUAACACUUCAUCUCCCAGGGCGGCUGAUGUUACUCCCACUACCGCGGCCGUCACACAGAAUGAUGAUGGCGUGGGGGCAGCAGCGGCAGUGAGGACGACGGCACCAGCAGACGCACCGUCGUACGAAGACGCACACGUCCACGCGGUAUACGACGCGAUAGCACCUCACUUCUCCGCCACGCGGCACAAGCCGUGGCCGCGCGUGGCUCGCUUCCUGACGGACCUGCCACCUGGCUCCGUAGGACUCGACGUCGGCUGCGGCAACGGGCGAUACAUGUCCGUCAAUCCAUCGGUGCACAUGCUCGGGUGCGAUCGCAGCGAGGCAUUGGUCCGUCUGGCGAGGGAGUCUACAUGUACUCGACGGACUACCGCCACCGCCGCCGCCGCCGCCGCCGUCGGUGAUGAUGGGGAGUACGGAGAGGGGAGAGGAAGAGGGGGAGGAGCAGUCGGUGGUCAGACGCGAGACAUACACGUCGCCGACAGCCUGAGCCUUCCCUUCCGCAACGGGGCUGUCGACUUCGCCAUGUCCAUAGCCGUCAUACACCACAUGUCCACGCCGGAACGCCGUCGGGAGGCCGUGUCGUCCCUGCUGGCCGCCGUGGUGCCCCGCGGGCCCGUGCUCCUCUACGUGUGGGCUCUGGAGCAGGCUGACUCCAGGCGCGGCUAUCACCCCGGCUGCGACCAGGAUACCCUCGUCCCCUGGGUCAUGCGCGCCCCCAAGGUCAAGGGGCAGGAUCAGAAGCAGAAGCAGAAGCAGAAGCAGAAGCAGAAGCAGAGGCAGAAGCAGAGGCAGAAGCAGAGGAAUAAGCAGAACCAGAACCAGGACCAGGACCAGGACCAAACCCUCGCGGAGGAGGCGGAUGUGGACGCAGACGCAGACGCGGGACAGGGCACAACCUAUCACAGAUACUACCAUCUGUACAGAGAGGGCGAGCUGGAGGCUGAUGUCCGCGCCGUGGGUGGCGUGGUGAUGGAUGCCGGCUACGAGAAGGAUAACUGGUGGGUCGUCUGUACGAGGGAGUAUUGA